GAGGGAGGGAGAGAGUGAGAGGAAAAUAAGAGCCAUCAGUCCCAUCUAUCUGACUACUGGAUAUUAUUUUUUUUGGGGGGGAUCUCUUUAUUUCCUUCAUCUUGUAUUUUCCGCUCAUAUUUAGUCACAAGUUUUGUUUAGGUUGAUUUUUUUUCCAUCUUGGAGACUUGACUCGACUCUGUUCUGCUGUUGCUAAUCCUCUUUCUCCACUCGCUGCAUGGGACGACAGACAUCCGCGUUUAUAUCUGCUUUUCUUUCUUUUUUUGUUUUUGUUUCCCCCGCUUCUCCGGAAUAAAAUUCUCCCGAUUUAUCGACCGACCGACCGACGGACCGGACCCGACCGCGAGCCACCGUUUUCUGUCCACAAACUCACUUCACUGCUGCGCCUCCGGGAUUCAGUUCGUCUUCCUGUGUGCGUUUAUUAGCUGAGUUUGUUUAAAGAGGGGACAGCAACUCCUGAAGGUCUCAGCCAGUCUCAGAGGAUGCAUUAGACUCGGUCAACAUGGUGCCAUUUUGGAGAUAAGUCCCCCUUGUUUUAUUUCGUUUCUUUACACGUUCUUCUUCAUGGGACGGGCGGAAAAGCGGGACAUCAGGUGGCGAUCUUGAGCGCGCGCACACGCGUCACCUGUCCGCUCACCUUUUGACGGCGCGCCUGUCAAUUAGCAUCACUAAUUGGAUUAUUUUGAUCUUGAAGUUACAGUCUGCAGGCAGCUCCACCUCCUCCCCCCCGCCCCCCCGCGCCUCCCCUCACCUACCCCUCCUCCUCCUCCUCCUCCUCCUCCUCCACCACAGAAGUUAUGUCAAGGCCUCUCACUCAGCUCUUACCGCCGGAUCUCCCUGCCGGGGCCACCAGCCCCCAGUUUGGGGCCAGUAACCCGGCUGGAAGUGGCCCCCAAGGUGGACAACUGACCUCCAUGACCAACCUGAAGUCCCUGCUCCAGCUGCCAAUCAAGGCCGACCAGAGAGGCACCAAGGACUGCAGCGAGAUGAAAGAUAAAGACAAGCCCCCGGACUCUGACGAAGACUCACUGGGUGUCAAUGCUGGAGGGCCCGGUGGGGUGGGAGGAGCCCCUGGGCCCGGCACGUUGCGGCCAAACUCCCAAUCAGCCUUUCUGGGCCCGCUGCUGUGGGAGAGGACCCUGCCGUGCGAUGGAGGCCUGUUCCAGCUGCAGUAUAUGGACCUGGAGGAGUUCCUGACCGAGAACGGGAUGGGGAUGCACAGCAAUGGACCCAGCUCCACCAGUGCACAGAUCCCUUCCCAGAGAUCCCAGUCGGCCGUGCCCAACCAGAGCUCCCAGUGCCCGCCCACCUCUCCUCCGCCCUGCUCCUCCUCUUCCUCCUCCAUGUCCUCCUCAUCCUCCUCUUCCUCACUGCUGGGAUUGGAGACCGUCCAGCCACAACCGCCGCCGCCACUACCACCUCAGCCGCAGCAGCAGCAGCAGCAGCAGCAAGGCAUGAUGGGAGGACCUGAGUGUCUACAUGGUGGUCAGGCGGUGCCUCAGGACCCGUCACCCACUUCUACUUGCCCUCCGGGACCCCCUGGACCUCCGGCGGUUGCCAACGGCAGCAGUGACAUCAUGGUGAACUUUGACCCCGACCCAGCGGACCUGGCACUGUCCAGCGUGCCGGGCCAGGAGGCGUUUGACCCGCGGCGGCACCGCUUCUCCGAUGAGGAGCUGAAACCCCAGCCGAUGAUCAAGAAGGCCCGCAAGAUGCUGGUCCCCAAUGAGCAGAAGGAUGAGAAGUACUGGAGCCGGCGCGUCAAGAACAAUGAGGCGGCAAAGCGCUCGCGGGACGCCCGGCGGCUGAAGGAGAACCAGAUCUCUGUGCGCGCCGCCUUCCUGGAGCGGGAGAACGCCGCCCUUCGCCAGGAGGUGGCCGACAUGAGGAAAGAGCUGGGCCGCUGCAGGAACAUCAUCAACAAGUAUGAGAGUCGGCACGGAGACUUGUGAGCCGGAGGAGGAAGAAGAUGACGAUGGUGGAGGAAGGGGCGGGAGGGAAGGAGGAAAUGAGAAAAGGGUACAAGGCAACCCAACAACAGCAGCACUUUAGUUGAAGUGGCGAGGGGGAAGGCUGACGUAGAUCUGCAGUAAGCGCUGUGCGAUACCGGGCGCAAACACGAAAAGUGUGUUUUAGUGCGCACGGUGGGCUAUAGGAUGGCACGACAGGAAAGCACAGCGACGCCAUUUUUUCCAGUUUGACUCUCUUUGUACAUGCUGCUUCGUUGAAUCCACACAACGUACUGUAUCACCUUGUGUCACCACGGCAGCUUCCGUCACCCUCGGUGCUGUGCUUACGGCUGGUGUCGCACGGCGUUUUUGCAGGUAGUGCGUUCCGGCCGCUGCUCCGGCCAGUUCAAACAGGGUGUUGAACUCACAUUAUGCCAGUGAAAUCUCACUUUUUAAGCUCAAGGCACGGAUACAAGCCAGGAGAGGUCAGAUGUGUAAUUUUUUUCUAUAAAUAGGACAAAAAAAAAUGUAUAUAUUUUUGAACUGGGCAGGAAGGCAAGACUAGUCCAGCAAAGAGGAGGUGGAGGAGGAGGAAGAGGUGCAGGGUUUUCGUCCAUAACGCAAAGAGAUUUUGACAUAGGAUAAUUGUAUAUUUUUCUAUUAGCAGAGAUAGUCAGGAGGAGGAUUUUGGAGAUAAUCUUUUGUAUAUUUUAUAUAUGGGGCGGGGAGGGGCUGUUAGCUGGACAGUCACGGGGCCACAAGAAACGCUUUUCCUCCCAGCUGUUUAUCGCUAAACAACAAAUAAUCUAUUUUCGAUUUCACAGAGCUGGUUGGUCGGAGGCAGAGGCGUAACAGAGAAUGUAUCACGGUCGAUUCAGGUAUUUCAUACGGUGUGAGGCGAGGAGAGGCGUCUUAGUAACGAUUGUUUUCCGCGGGGUGGGGCGACGUUAGGAGCAAGACGGUGAAACAAAAAUUGUAUAGUUUUAAGAAAUGUAUGUGUUCGUUUGUUUUCUUUGUGGGAUCGUUCAAGCACUUGAUUUGUUAUCUUCUCUUUGAUUCCGUGUCUGAUUUUGAAAUAAUUGCAGGGCUUUUAUUUUUGUGUUUUUGAAGGUGAAGGAGAAAAAGAGAGAGGAAAACAGGAAGUGGUUAGCCAUCAGAACAGCUGGAUGUGAGCAGAUGUUUGAAAAAAAAAAAAUAAGGGGGAGAAUUUCGCUGGCAGGUUUGCAUUUAGUUUGGUGAACGUGUCUUGCUCACACACACACACACACACUCAGACACACACUUUGUUAACAACAACACCAUGUGGUUGCAGUCUUUCUCUCUCUAUUUGCUCCUCGAUUUGUCCAGGAAGUGCAAAAAUGAAAUACUAACUGGUUUAGGGUUGAUUUGCCCAGAUUGAACAAUGACUGAAACCUUCAGCAUGCAGACACACAACACGGACGCACACAGUCCUCACCCAGGUUUUAACCCUUAUUGUUGUUGUUGAUGUUGUUAUGGACUUCUAUGGUGCUGAUCUGAUCUGAUCCUUCACCUGACACACACAAACACACACACACUGAUAAAAAUCAUAUGCACACAUGUAAACAUACAUAAAAAACACUUCCACCUUUUCAAACACAGUACUGAACUGCCUAUACCCUUUCUUUGUCUUUUAUUCCUUCUUUUUAGUUUAUUUUUUCUUUCUUUUGUUGCAUAUUGUAUCGAUAAAUCGUAUAUAGAUUUACACACAAACACUUGUCUAUACCUCUCCUUCAAACUUUACCCAAUGAGAAACGAGAAAUGCACCCUAUUACUGUACCAUACAACUGUACUAUUGAAUAUUAAACUAUUCUCUCACUAGAUAUAUAUGUAUAUGAUAUAUGCUUGAAUUAUGUGAUUAUAGUUGUAAUAUACAUAAUUGAAUAUAUUACAGAGAAACCCAUCUGAAUCAUUUUGUCAGUUUUUUCUCAGGUGUUUUUGUCUGAGGUAUUAAAUACACGUAUUAAAAAAACACAAAAAAAAGUCUUUGAUUUAUGACAGAA